UCGCUAACGGUCACUGCGCUGAGGCUGGCUUAGCGUCAAGGCUGCCUAUAACCAUCAACCUCAACCGUUCAUCUGUCAGCAGUCGCAGACUCUCCCCAGACAUCAACGCCUCCCAGCCCUUUCCAUUCCGCUUCCAGCACCAAACGCCGCAAAGAAGCCUCUCGCCUCCUAUCGAAUAUCAUACACCCCUUUCAGCCAUGGCAAGCGGCGCGCAGUCCUUCUACGAGCUCUACCGCAGGAGCAGCAUCGGCCUCGCCCUGACGGACACGCUGGACGACCUCAUCAGCGAGGAGCGCAUCCACCCGCAGCUGGCCAUGAAGAUCCUCAGCAACUUUGACCAGGCCAUCACCGAGGCGCUGCAGAAGAACGUCAAGAGCCGGCUCCAGUUCAAGGGAAGCUUGGACACAUAUCGAUUCUGCGACGAAGUAUGGACGUUCCUCAUCAAAAACGUCACCUUCAAGAUGGACAAUGGCAGCGUCUCUGUUCAGGCGGACAAGGUCAAGAUUGUUAGCUGCAAUGCAAAGAGACCUGGCGAGGGACAGUGAAAAAGCGCGACAGGAGGAUUUUUUUCUUUUUCGUUGAUCGAUUCGGAGUUUGGGGCAAACAAGCAUCAAUAUCGGCAACGGGACGGCGUUUUGGGUUUACGGUUACA